UAACUUGAGUAAUCGUCAGUGGUACAGGUAGCAAACUGCUGUCAGCAGCUGUCAGUACGAUUUCUCUGCUUAAACAGCAUGCAUGUUGAAUAAAUAUGAAACCUAGUUUCUUUAAAAAAUUGUGUCCGAUUCACAUAACAUCUUUGCUUUUAAAACCGCAUACAUUUAUUCAACGGAAUUAUAGUAUGGCUACUGCAUUAACGGAGCCGAUUCCAUUUACGAAAGAUUUCCUCUUUCGUCAAUUCUUCGACCCAGUGUCCAGCACAUACACUUAUUUGCUGGCCGAUAUCAACGAAAAAACCGCAGUCUUAAUCGACCCGGUAAUCGAAUGGGCAAACCGUGAUAAGAAUAUUAUUCAGGAACUGGGAUUAACUUUGAGAUAUGCUGUGAACACGCACAUGCACGCUGAUCAUAUCACCGGAACAGGAAAACUGAAGUCAUUGUUACCUGGUUGCCGGUCAAUGAUAUCUAAAGCGAGCGGCGCAGAGGCAGACGUUUUCCUGAAUCCCGACGACAAAAUCAGUUUUGGUAGACACUGCCUGAAGGUGGUUCCCACGCCUGGUCACACCGAAGGCUGUGUAACUUACGUUUGUGACGAGCAAGGGAUCGCUUUCACGGGAGAUGCGCUUUUAAUUCGUGGAUGCGGAAGAACCGACUUUCAGGGUGGUUCGCCGGAGACACUGUACAAUUCCGUUCACACGAAGAUUUUUACGCUGCCGGCGAAUUAUAGGCUGUAUCCGGCACACGAUUACAAUGGUAGGAUGGUAACCACGGUGGCCGAGGAGAAGACCUUUAAUCCGAGAUUAACCAAAUCUCUGAAUGAAUUUGUUGACAUAAUGAACAACCUUAAUCUGUCGUACCCAAAGAUGAUAGACAAAGCAGUGCCGGCUAACAAAGUUUGCGGCCUCUACGAGGUCGAAGAGGCGAAGAAGGAGCCAUAAUAUAUUUUUACGCCCGUCAAAUCGAUGGGUCGUGAACCCAUUCGUUGCAGAGUUACACAAACAUCACAUAAUAAAACGAUUUCGCGUUUCGAAACGAAUAAAAACAACGUACACACGAUGCGCCAUUUUGCCCGGGGACGCGUUGCAGCGCGCAAAAUACCGCACACUGUUAUUGUAAUUAACACACCCAUUCUCUUUAAUCUUUAAGCGGCGGCAUCAACCGUACUGUACUAUUUCCAGAACCGAAAUCUGACGUUACAGAAUCCAUUAGCGUAAUCCUUUCGUUCUCGCUAAAUAUUUGUUUCGCUUUCCAAAUAAAGUGCUCGACCGACGUAAAAAGUUAAUUAAAUUUUUCCGUCGAACAUGCCCGCCUGGAUUAUUCAGGAUCCGCUAGCAAACGCAUUUGUUACGCGAUGAUAAAUGUUGCGCGAGUCUUGGCCAAGCAUAUGUAAAUGUCUGUAAAUAUUCGCGCUCGACUAUCUAAUCUUAUUUCUUAGCACGAUUAUACUAAAUCUUUAACUGUGCGUGUAAAUAGAAAACCAUAAAGUUUAGCUAUAAAAAACGUUAAGCUGUAACCAAGAAGUUCCUGAGAUUUUCAUAAAGCGUAUUCAAACUUGCAGACUUUUCAAAUCGAAGCUUGCAUACGGAACAAUCUUAUAGUUGACAUGUUAUUAGUCAUUAGAUUAAAUUUUAAUUGAAAAAAAAGAGUUAGUAAAAAGAUACCAGUGCAUAUUUACACAUUAGCUAUCAGCAUUUGUUUCGCCGCUUAGCUGUAUCGUCAAGGUGUUUUAUUAGAAGCAAUCUACCUGCCCCAUAAAUCAUUCAAACAGUUCGGCAAAGUAAUGAUGUGAACUUCUCUAUCUUAUGCGAACUGUUAUCCGGUGACAUACAAAUAAAAUACUGCUUUACGAGUUUAAA